GUCGUGAUUUUGCUGCGGUUCCGAGUGCAUGGAAUUAGAAAUGCCGCCGAUUGGCUCGAACAAAUGUGUCACACAGGAGAGGCUUUGGUCUGGCUCUCGGUCGUUGAGGCGAAGACCACGUUGGGCGAAUGGAGGCAAUCGAUAUGUGGGGAUUGCGAGGAAUGGAAUGAUUUCAAGAUGGAGGAAGGUCUUGUUAUGUAG